UCUAUCUUGUGUAUGUGACAACCUUUGAACAAAUUAAAUGUGUCAAUGUGUCACACUUCCUAAUUAAACCCCAAAGUUUAAUUUUUUUUUUUCUCACCCUUCCAAAACUUCUUCUAUCUUAUUAUAUAUCUAUCCCAUUAGACCCAAAUCUUUGUUUGUUCAAAUUAAACCAUGACCACCACUAUUUCAAUGUUCAUGUCUAGAUUAACACAACCCUUAAUAAAUGUUCCUACUAGCAAUGUCCCAAAAUUGAAUGUGAGGCAAAUUCAGAAAGAGAAAGUAGUUUUGAUCAUGGGAGCCACAGGAGCUGGAAAGUCAAAGCUUUCUGUUGACCUUGCAACAUGUUUUCCUUCAGAAAUCAUCAACUCAGACAAAAUCCAAGUGUAUGAAGGACUUGACAUAGUCACAAACAAAAUCUCCAAAGAAGAGCAAAAAGGGGUGCCACAUCACUUACUAGGGACACAAAAUCCCAACAUUGAUUUCACAUCCUAUGAUUUUUGUGACAUGUCACUAGGUGCCAUUGACUCAAUCACUAGGAGGGAACAGCUUCCAAUCAUAGUUGGUGGAUCCAAUUCAUACCUUGAAGCCCUAAUUGAUGAUGAUGAUUACAAAUUCAGAUCAAGGUAUGAUUUUUGUUGCCUUUGGGUGGAUGUGAAAAUGGAUGUUCUUGAUUCAUAUGUGCAAAAAAGGGUUGACCAAAUGUACCUAAAUGGUAUGGUCAAUGAGCUUAGACCCUUUUUCAAUCCCAAUAAUAAGGACUACUCAAUUGGGAUUAGAAAAGCAAUUGGGGUGCCUGAAUUUGAUGAGUAUUUUAGAAGAGAACGUGUUGUUGAUGAAGAAACAAAGCAAAGGUUGCUUGAUGAAGCAAUCAAUGAAAUCAAGGUCAACACUUGCAACUUGGCUAGGAAACAAUUUGGAAAAAUCCAAAGGCUAAGGAAUGUUAAGAGAUGGAAGAUUCAUAGGUUGGAUGCAACACCUGUUUUUCAAAAACAUGGACAAGAAGCAAAUAAGGCAUGGAACAAGUUUGUGUUGGAGCCUAGUGCUAUGAUUAUUGCAAAGUUUUUAUAUAAUAACAACUCAUCAUCAUCAUCAUCAUCAUCCAUCACUUCCAAUAAUAGAGUUGUUUCUGGAUUUAGUAGUAGUGUUCCAGCUUCAUCAGAGAGUGUUGUAUGUGUGUGAUCAUCAUGAUUUUCUUCAAAGUUCAUUUUAUUUUUUUUCAUUUUGGGUGAAAGGAAUUGUUGUAGCCACAGAUGAAAAUUAAGAGAGUUUUGAGAGAAUAAUAUAAUAAUAACACAAAAAGUUUACCUCCUAUUACUUGUGAUAGAUCAUAUAUUUUAUAUACACUAUGACAUGUGAAUGAAAUCAUUGCAUAUAGUACAUACCCUUCCAUUUAAUUUGAGGAG